AUGCUGCCAACCCGGAACACCAUGCGACCACGGCGAGCAUACAUGGUCCAACAGCAGAGAACGUUCCUAGGGCUGCAAAAGACGCCACCACCUCCGCCAAAGACCAUGGCCUGGCUGGUCUUGCAGGGCCUCGCUGUCGUCCUCGUUGCGGAUCUUGCCAUUGCCACGGCUACGGGUGAACCGACUACGAUACGAUCUGUCGCGCAAAGCGCUGGUUUGUGGCAGGACGCUCCACCAUUCAAGUAGACACAUGUCCAGAAAAAGUUGAACGAGGCGGAGCAAGGCAAAGAAUAAGAGACCGCUGUUGAGCUGCUGCAUGCCUAGUCCUGAGAUGGAGUGCCACUGCUCUUGAGAGACGGCGACGACUGCGUGGAAAAGUAGGUCUCGAUGGAAGCAUUGCAUACAGGCGGGCGAGACUGCAGUGAGGCGGAGCCAUUGCUGACGUCUUGUUCUGCCACAAUGCGAUGUCGACCAUAUACAGCUCGCUUAUUAGGGUCGCAGCAGGUUCGAUCUCUCUUGCGGAGAUCGAACAUGGUCGAGUGGCCCAUGCGGGGAGUAUACUAUGGGUAAAUGUACGGCCGGAGACGACUCCAGUGGAAGCUGCUUAUCGACUCAAUGUGCACUGAGUAUUAUGCAGUCUGGAGCGCGUACUGUUGCUACUGCCUCUCCUUGACCUGCCCGUUGCUCGCCGAGUCUCAAGUAGAUGGCACCGAUAUUACUGUCGAACAGUCGAAGAAAAUAUGGGAAACACCCUUCACCUUGCCAAACAGUACUUUCCGCAACGACCUUGGCCUUCCAUCUAAUGCUACAUAUUCCACCUUCUCUCCGCGCGAGCAGACGGCAGGACAGGAUAGUACACAC